UCAGAGAAUGGAGACGAAGAGAAGUUACGGAAUGCAGAAGAAAGAAUCUUUCGCCACAUUUUAAAGGAAAACCCGGAAUUUGCAACAUAUUAUUCCUUCCAUGAUUAUAACGACAAACUGGAGUCCUUUUCACUAGAGGCUUUUCAACGUCGAAAGAUGGAGUGUAACGACAUCCUAAAUAGUAUUAAAACGAUCAAUGUGAGCAAUCUGUCAUCUCAAGCUAAAUUGGAUUAUAAAUUCUUACAUUCCUUUCUCGAAACCUAUUUAGAAGGAUUCACCUGGAUAAAUUACGGUGCUCUAACUCCACUCAACUUCCUUGACAAAACCAUUCUUACACAAUCCUGGGUCUACAGAACUGAGUACAUUGAUGAAAAAGAUUUCGAAGAUUAUUUCAAACGGAUGGAUAGCAUUCCACAGAGGAUCGAUGAGCUGAUACAUCUAAUGAAGGCAGCUAUUCGGUUAAACAGGACUUCACAUUUAGCUUCCAUAGACCGACUAACAGAUGAAUUGCAGCUCUUCAAAAUUCAAGCCUCUCUCUUUUAUCCAAUCAAAUUAAAGGAAAUUAUUCUGGUGAACCACAUCCCAAAUGACACGUGGACAGAAAUCCGACACAAAAUCCAAAACAAAGUAACCAAACAGAUCGCACCUUCAUAUAAAAAUUUCAAAAGAUUCAUUGAAGAGGAGUACAUUCCAGCUGCCAGACCAAAGGCCGGUCUCUCGUCCCUGAAAGACGGUAUUAAAUAUUACGAGGCGUGCCUCAAAUGGUAUUUUGGCUACAAUAUAACUGCUGCUGAAGUAUAUAAGCUUGGUGUAAGUGAAACGAAACGUAUAGCAAAGAAAAUGAAGGAGGUUAUGUCACAGCUGAAUUUCCACGGAGAUUUAAAAGAGUUUUUCAACCACCUUAAAGAUAUUCCAGAAUUUUACAACAUUUCCGAAUCAAAAAUAAUAGAUGAAUACAGGGACAUUAUACAGAAACGAGUGAAUCCAGUUUUAUUCAAUAUAUUCCACCAUGUUCCACUUGAAGAGGUCAGAGUGGCGGGGGUUGAAAACAACGCCCCCUGGGGAUCGUAUGGCAGAAAUGUAUUUCGUGUUAACGUCAGAUGGCCGGAAGACAGGUCGACCUUUACGAUGUUACCUCUCACUCUACACGAAACCAACCCUGGACAUCAUUUCCAAGUCUCUUACAGCAACGCCAACCCAAUACCGAAAUACCGCCGUCUCUACCUCUCUGGCAAAUAUUAUGCUGUACCUUUAGCUCUCCCAAAUUACGCGGCAUUUAUGGAGGGUUGGGCAACUUACGCUGAAUUUCUCGGUGAAGAAUUGAAUCUCUAUAAAGAUCCCUAUGAAUUGUAAGUAGUUUCAUAACUUGUUUCAAUUUUGUUGUUGCUU